AGGCAGCUAUGAGGAGAUCCUGCCAAGCCCCAGCAGACUUCUGCAGGCCCAGUAGGUACUGGCUACCUGGGCUGGGAAGCGUUCGUUAUUUGCUUUCUGAGCUCUUGCGGGUGGUAGUGUGUUCUGGGGACCAAUCUGGUCUCUGCUGAAGUCAGGACGCACAGGGUGCUGGCGCUUCUCAACAGGGGCCAUGGUCCACACCGAGCACCCCCACGGCUAGAUCUAGCCAGGGCUGUGGGGCCUGGCUGUGCCUGGGACUCUGGGCUUGUGUUUGCUCUGGGAGGCGGGAGGGAGCAGUGCCAGCCCUGCACACACAGCUCGCUCUGUUCUGGGGCCAGAGAGAGGGAACGGGUGGGGGGCAGCUCUCCCGGGAGCCAGAGCCUGGAGGCUGGAGCAGGCAGGGGGCCGGGGCCCCUGGAUGCCUCACUGAGACGGCUCCGAAGGCCCUGUGAUUUACAGCUGCGGCUCUGUUUCUCUCCAUCUGGUUGGCAAGUCCUUUCUGGCUUCGAGGCAGACUCACAGUUGAAGCUUUAAGAGGUGGACACCCAAGUCCCUGAAGUGAUCUGCAGGCCCCCGCCCCGGUCCGCCACCAUUCCGUGCUGCAGGGACACCAUGGCUCCAGAGGAAGACACUGGAGGGGAGGCCCUAGAGGGCAGUUUCUGGGAGGCUGGCAACUACAGGAGGACCGUGCAGCGGGUGGAGGACGGGCAUCGGCUAUGUGGGGAUCUGGUCAGCUGCUUCCAGGAGCGCGCCCGCAUUGAGAAGGCCUACGCCCAGCAGCUGGCUGAUUGGGCCCGCAAGUGGAGGGGCACCGUGGAAAAGGGCCCCCAGUACGGCACGCUGGAGAAGGCCUGGCACGCCUUCUUCACCGCAGCUGAGAGGCUGAGCGCGCUGCACCUGGAGGUGCGGGAGAAGCUUCAGGGUCAGGACAGCGAGCGGGUGCGCUCCUGGCAGCGGGGGGCCUUCCACCGGCCAGUGCUGGGUGGCUUCCGCGAGAGCCGGGCCGCUGAGGACGGCUUCCGCAAGGCCCAGAAGCCCUGGCUAAAGAGGCUGAAGGAGGUUGAGGCGUCCAAGAAGAGCUACCACGCGGCCCGGAAGGAGGAGAAGACAGCCCAGACUCGGGAGAGCCACGCAAAGGCAGACAGCGCCGUCUCCCAGGAGCAGCUGCGCAAGCUGCAGGAGCGGGUGGAGCGCUGCACCAAGGAGGCUGAGAAGAUGAAAUCCCAGUAUGAGCAGACGCUGGCGGAGCUGCAUCGCUACACCCCGCGCUACAUGGAAGACAUGGAGCAGGCCUUCGAGAGCUGCCAGGCUGCGGAGCGCCAGCGGCUUCUCUUCUUCAAGGAUAUGCUGCUUACCAUACACCAGCACCUCGACCUCUCCAGCAGUGAGAGGUUCCAGGAACUCCACCGAGACCUGCAUCAGGGCAUCGAGGCAGCCAGUGACGAGGAGGAUCUGCGCUGGUGGCGCAGCACCCAUGGGCCAGGCAUGGCCAUGAACUGGCCACAGUUUGAGGAGUGGUCCUUGGAUACACAGAGGACGAUCAGUAGGAAGGAGAAGGGUGGCCGCAGCCCUGAUGAGGUUACUCUGACCAGCAUCGUGCCCACGAGAGAUGGUGCUGCACCCCCGCCCCAGCCCCUGGGGUCCCCAGGCGGUGGGCAGGAUGAGGAGUGGUCAGAUGAGGAGAAUACCCGGAAGGCUGCCACAGGGGUGCGGGUGCGGGCACUCUACGACUACGCUGGCCAGGAAGCUGAUGAGCUGAGCUUCCGAGCAGGGGAGGAGCUGCUGAAGAUGAGCGAGGAGGAUGAGCAGGGCUGGUGCCAGGGCCAGCUGCAGAGUGGCCGCAUUGGUCUGUACCCUGCCAAUUAUGUGGAGUGCGUGGGGGCCUGAUCUGCCCUGCAGCCCUUCUGCAGCGUUUCUCCACCCUGCGUCAGAGCCCAGCUUCUCUUGGACAGCCGGACCCGAGGGCUCUGGACCACGGUGCCCCCUGCUGCCCCUCUGUCCCUUGAGGAGGAAGGAAGUCCUGAGACCCAGGGAGGGGAGCUGCCUGCAUCUAGGAAGGGACUGGUAGGGAAUGGCCAACUGAGUCUAGCUGGAGGGGAAGAUGGGGAGGUUAGGAGGUGACAGAAGGACUCAGGGGUGCCCUGGCCUCUUCAGGAAUGCAAGGGUGUCCCCAGGAGCCGUGGACCCAGUUCCUGGUCUCAGUGUUUUGGGAUUCCUGGGGUGGUCUUGGGGUGGUGAGUGUAGGUCUGUGCUAGCAGCACUCUCCUGUGACUUGUUUUAGUGUGUAUUAAAGUUGGAGAAAAAAAAAAGCA